AUGCAGGUGUUAACAUUUAUCAGCAUCACCACCACCAUUAUCAUCAUCAACAUCAUCAUCACGCCAUUAGAACCAAGCACAACCUCAACAGCCAACACCAUGUGUGGAAGCUACUACGGAAACUCUUAUGGAGGCUGCGGCUACGGGGGCUGCGGCUACGGAGGCUGCGGUUACAGAGGCUGCGGCUACGGAGGCAGCGGCUACGGGGGCUGCGGCUACGGGGGCUGCGGCUACGGGGGCUGCGGCUACGGAGGCUGCGGCUAUGGAAGCUCUGGCUACAAAGGCUGGGGCUACAGAGGCUGUGGCUACGGAGGCUGUGGCUACAGAGGCCUGGGCUGUGGCUAUGGCUCCUGCUACGGCUGUGGCUCUGGCUGUGGCUACUAG